UGUGUGUGUGUGUGUGUGUGCGCGUGUGUGAAGCCGCGGACACACUUCUUCUUGUUCCAGUUAUUUGACUCAAUCCAAAAUAUCGACCGUGUAAAUAACACUAAAUGUCCAAUAAAAAUUUAAAUCAAUUGAUUAGUUUAAAAAAGCUUAUCAGGUGGAUGUUAGUAACGUCUAUUUGUCUGAUCAUUUCACUAAUUCAAGCUUCUCUCAGCCUAUACAAGCUGCAGGUGCACUCCACACAUUUUACUAUUUAAAAAUGCACAUUAACAAAAAUAAUAAACAAUAUUCAGCAGCCCAAAUAUUCACUGUUUUAUAAUGAAAGAAAAGAUAUAAUUUCACAUGAAUGUGAUAAAAACACAAUCGCUAAAAGGACGUAUCCCAGAAUAAAUCAAUAAAAUGAUCUUAAAUGAAGACCGUAUAUAGGCUAUAAGUAAAAAAAAGAAUGACAUAAAUAUUGUUUUAUUUUCCGAGUUGUAAUUUAAUUUACAAAUAUGUCCAAUUUGAAAAAAAGGGAAAAUCCCACUGACUUGACUGAUCAGACUUUUUGCAAUACAAGUAGGACAUGCUGCGUAAAAAAUGGAUGAGAAUAAAUAAUACUUGCUGUUAAUGAGAGAGAGAGAAAAAAGCUGCAAUAACAAGAGCCUUUCAGGUGACAACAAGGGCGAGGAAAAACACGAAAAAACACUUUAAAUUAAAAACCGGAGAUGAAAAGGAGAUACUUUAUCUACAGAAUAAUAAAGUCUAAAGUUAAAGGCUGUCACUCACAUGUUUGCCUAUACACUCCUAUAAUCCUCUGGAGCGCAUCGUGGCCAAAUUACGCGCAAAGAGCAACACUGAUAAAAUGUUUUACUGCUGCGUGUCUUAGAGAGUAUAUACAGUGGAAUAUACCUCUCUAUAGGUUGGUGUUUUCCUGUGUGGAGUGAGGAGAAUAAAUAAUACUUGCUGUUAAUGAGAGAGAGAGAGAAAAAAGCUGCAAUAACAGAGCCUUUCAGGUGACAACAAGGCGAGGAAAAAAACACGAAAAAACACUUUUAAAAUUAAAACCGGAGAGAAAAGGAGAGACUUUAUCUGCAAACUAAUAAAAUCUAAAGUUAAAGUCUGUCACUCACACUUUUGUCUAUAUAUACACUCCUAUAAUCCUCUGGAGCGCUAAAUUACGCGCAAAGAGCAACACUGAUAACACGUUUCUCUAAGACAAAUGUGUCUUAUAGAGUAUAUAUAUACAGUGGAAUCUAAAAUAUAAACCUCUCUAUAGGUUGGUGUUUUCCUGUGUGGAGGAGUUUGUGGAGCAUGCAGACAGCUCCUCGCUCCUCGCUCCUCGCGGUGCUGCUCGAGCUGGCCUGGAGCUCCUCUCCGCGCGCUCCUCUGAUUGGCUGCGCGCACUGACAGCUCGGCACAUGAUUGCAGGAGGAGAAGCCCGACCCACUUUUCACUCUUGCUAAAGGAACCAUUCAUAAACUACACAAGUCCAGAUUCACAGCUGAGUGUGGACGAAAAGUGAGCAGAGGAGAGGACAAGAAGAGGAGAUGAGCUCUCACAGGCGAUGUUUUAGCCUUUAGGACACGGAUGGUGACAUGGUGCAACCUUGAAUAUGAAUCUAAACCUAUAGUGCUGCUGCUGCUGCUGGAAGAAGUGCUCAUGAGUUGGACUGAUAUUUUAUUUUAGCAGGCUAAUCCGUUGCAUCCCUAUCCGUUUCCUCCUCCUCACACUGACGUCCAUCCGCUGCUAAAAAAAAAAAGCAACUUUUUUUUUUUUUUUUUUUUAAUUAUUAUUACUCACUUUUCCAAGCUGCUUUGCCUCUUGGCUUUAUACCGGUAAAAGCAUUGGAUCCGUCAACCUACUGCGACUCCCCGGUGGUGUACAGCCCGGACCACCUCUGCCCCAACAUGAUAGCGACGCAGGCGAAGCUGGUCUACCAGCUCAACAAAUACCACAACGAGCGGUGCCAAGCGCGCAAAGCGGCCAUCGCGAAGACCAUCAGGGAGGUCUGCAAAGUGGUGUCGGAUGUCCUGAAGGAGGUGGAGGUGCAGGAGCCGCGCUUCAUCAGCUCCUUGAGCGAGAUAGACGCUCGCUACGAAGGCAUGGAGGUCAUCUCUCCAAACGAGUUCGAGGUGGUGCUCUACCUCAACCAAAUGGGGGUGUUCAACUUCGUGGACGACGGCUCUUUGCCAGGCUGCGCGGUGCUGAAGCUGAGCGACGGCCGCAAGAGGAGCAUGUCUCUCUGGGUCGAGUUCAUCACCGCCUCGGGCUACUUAUCCGCCCGGAAGAUCCGCUCCAGGUUCCAAACUCUGGUGGCGCAGGCGGUGGAUAAAUGCAGCUACAGAGACGUGGUGAAGAUGGUUGCAGACACCAGCGAGGUCAGGCUGAGGAUCAGAGAGAGGUAUGUUGUGCAGAUCACCCCUGCGUUCAAAUGCACUGGGAUUUGGCCUCGCAGUGCAGCUCAGUGGCCAAUGCCUCACAUCCCAUGGCCAGGUCCGAAUAGAGUAGCAGAAGUGAAAGCUGAGGGUUUUAACCUGCUCUCCAAAGAGUGCUACUCGUUGACUGGCAAGCAGAGCUCUGCAGAAAGCGACGCCUGGGUGCUGCAGUUCAGCGAGGCCGAGAACAGGCUGCUGAUGGCCGGCUGCAGGAAGAAGUGUCUGUCGGUGCUGAAGACGCUGAGAGACAGACACCUGGAGCUGCCUGGACAGCCGCUGCAGAACUACCACAUGAAGACGCUGCUGCUGUACGAGUGCGAGAAGCACCCGAGGGAGACGGACUGGGACGAGUCUUGUCUCGGAGACCGACUGAACGGCAUCCUGCUGCAGCUCAUCUCGUGUCUGCAGUGCCGCAGAUGUCCCCACUACUUCUUGCCAAACUUGGACUUGUUUCAGGGAAAGCCUCACUCGGCCCUGGAGGCUGCUGCUAAGCAGACGUGGAGACUAGCGAGGGAGAUCCUCACCAAUGCUAAAAGCUUGGACAAACUAUAAUGAGAUAAUGAAGAGAGACGAGAGAGACUUUUUUUGGGAUAAAAAAAACUUCAGAGAAGGACAAAAAAAAAAAAGAUGAUCCUGCAGCUGAUUCUCCUCCAAGCAAUGUGAAAAACAAAAAAAAAGAAAAUCAGUAACAAAAAUAACCCUUUUUAAAUGGAGCAAAUUGGGCCACUGCCACAGAGGGGGAAAAAGAAGUGAAGGUACAUUUUUAAGAUUAAAUGUAAGAAUUUUUCAGUUGUCUUCUUUUAAAUGUUUUCACAAAGUGAAGAAACUUUUAUUUAAAUAUAUGCACAAAAAUCGUUUAAGUGAAAGAAUAAUAAUAAUGUAGCGUGCCAAGUUCAAUUUUUUUUUUUAUUAUUAUUAUGUGACUUUAAAAAAAAAAAAAAGAAAUGUUAAUAAAAAUGUUGCAAAUUAAAUUACAAACUUGGCCUCGUGUCUUGACGUGUUUUGACAGCUGAUGUGACAGAAACAUCUGUUGCAUUUUAUUUUUUUUUUUGCUAUUGUCUUAAUGAAGAGAAUCGUUAAAUGAUUCAUUUGGAUCUGUGAUCAACGCUGCAUGGGGAAAGAGAAAAGGAAAAAUAAAAAACGCUUUUGCUUAAAUUUAAAGAAGGACUGUGCACAACCCACUUUAGGUCAUAUGUUAUUUUUUACAGUGACAAACCGGCUCUAAAGGAUUUUCUAGUGAACGUAAAUCAACGGACUCGUUAAUAUAUAUAAAUAUAUAUAAAUAUAUGUGUGUUUUAACAGCAGCACUAUAGCACGGUGAGGGCCUCUACAGCUAAACUGAAGCCUUGAUCUAGUUAAUGCGGCUGAUUUUUAGAUCAAGUUUAAAUGAAUGAAUUCUGAUAUCAAAUUCGCAUUCAAAUAAAUGUGGAUGUUACUAAAAUGAGCUUAUUUAAAUGCACAACAACAUAUCUAAAAAAAACAAUUACGACAAUUUCACGCAGUGUUAAACUGCACUAUCACAACCACCUGUGGGUCAGCCACAGUGAGCAUGGAGUCACUAGUAGCACCCUAUAACCACUACAAUUACUCAUAUUAGCCCACAUUUUAAUGUGCAUUAUUUAUUUUUUAAUCAAAGCAUUAUAUUUAUGUGCAAUUUAUUUAUUUUUUAAAAAAAAACUAAAUAUGCUGGAUGAUCAUUACUAAUGAGAAGGCCUGAUUCAUUUGUCGUUAUGUUUUCCCCUAAAUAUAGGUUGAUUAUUUAUUUAUUUAUAAGAAAAACACUCCAUUUCUUAUCACCACAAAACAAUAUUAAAUGUUGUCUUGGUGUUAAAUGUAUACUUAAAAAUAUUAAUGAAGAAAACAUUUUUUUAUAUUCACUACCAAAAAUAUUGUUUAGUAUAACAAGUUAAAUUAAAGCAAAUUUUUUUUCUCCUCCAUUUCAAUUCAAAUAUUGUCAUAUUGUUAAUUCAUAGACAGACAUAAUAUAUAAAUCUCUUCUUUGACAAAUUCAGAUCAACACACUCAUAGUAGCCUUUUUAUGCUCAUUUAAAAUAACACACUUGUAGAUAUUGAGGCUAUAUUCGUCAGCCUGCAUGUAUAGCAGCACUAUAAAAGGCUAAAUUCAAGCAUGGCUUCUAUAAGUUGACAAUCUCAGACGAUCAAUCAAUGGAGCUCGGAGUCUC